AUGACAUUUGAACCGAAGGUGUUAGAGUUAUCUUCAAUCUCGAUACAACAUUCUACAAACAAUGUUCCACCGACUUCAAAUCCACGGAUAGAAAAAGAAAAUUACUUGGAUCAACUUUGUGUAAACCAAUUAAACUUUAUUAAAGAAGAUUCACUAUUAACUGAUAAAAUUGCAACGUUUAAUUGUAUCUUUCAAUCACCUUAUGAAGUAGUAAAUACUAGUGUACCAAUUAUUACUGAUGAUAAAAUGCCAUAUUUAACAUUUCGAACUCUAUUUAUGGGUUUAUUAUUGACUGUAAUUGUAUCAAUAUUGAGUGCCACGUUUUCAUUUAGACGAUAUCCACUCAAUACUGAUGUUGUCAUUUUUCAAUUAAUAUCAAUGCCACUUGGUCAGCUGAUGGCUCGUUUAUUACCUAAGAAAACAUUUCAUCUUUAUAAAUGGAAAUUUUCACUUAAUAACGGUCCAUUCAAUAUCAAAGAACAUUCAUUAAUAACAGCUAUGCUUAUAGCCAAUGCCGAUACCGCAUACGCUAUUUAUCAAAUAACGGCGUUACAAAUAUUCUUCGAAGAACCGAUUUCGUUUGCUGCUGGAUUAUUUUUUGUUAUUUCGAGCAGAAUGAUAGGAUUUGGUAUGGCAGGUGAGUAG